UCUGUGCUCUGCUGUCUUUCAAAGUUGUGGGGUUGCUGCUGCGAGGCGGACACGGACGGCUCUGCGAGCGCCGAGUUGAGAUACCUAGGCCGCUGCAAAAACGUGAAUCGUUCGUGUCUUUUCUGUCAGUGAGUGACUCGAUUUGCACUUCGGACGACCCGCUCGGGAUACCAGCCACACUUCGGACAGCGCAAAGCAACCUUUCGGACAGGGGAGGCGGCGUAUUGCUCCACUGAACAUUUGCAAUCAGCCUUCCCUUGGAUGGAAUAAAGUUCUAAUUCUACGUGGCCGAGUGCCUGUCCGUCGUUUUGCCUGAGCCUGGCCGAGGCAGGUGCGCCCCCGUGGGGGCUGACAGAUCGACUUUCAGCCGCUUGGGGUUCAGUGAAAGCCGCCAUGCCGAGCGGGGGCGGCGGAGGCCCCCUGAAGAGGGGUGGCGGCUGGUGCGGAUGCCUGAAGAGCGCUGAGCCGCCUGAAAUCACAUAUUGCGUGGUUGACCAGGCUGGGACUUUGUCCAUCCAGGCCCUGACACCAACGCAGCCGAUGCCUGAGGAAGAGGAGCUGAACGCAAAGUUUGCAGAACUUGUGGCAAAGCUGGAUUUGACAGCUCCUAACAAAGCAGCCAUGUUGAGUCUGCCACCAGAAAAGAAGUGGCAAAUCUACUGCAGCCGCAAAAAAGACGAAGAGGGAGAAACUGACCUAAACCAACCUCCUGAGCACUACAUCGAGCGGGCAAGAGCACUCAGCCAGCUCACAUUUCCAAGCGACGAGGAAGAAUUAAGAGCCCGAACUAGACAGAUGGACGCCCUAAGGACGGCUCUCAGAACGCAGCCACACAGUUUUGUCCUUAAGUUCGUUGAGCAGGGCGGUCUUGAGGCUCUUCUCGACUUCCUCAGCAACUUAGACCACGAGACUGCACAAAGCGCUCUACACACAGCACUAAUCGGAUGCUUGAAAGCUCUGAUGAAUAAUUCUAAUGGUCGGGCUCACGUUUUGGCGCAUCCGACUGGAAUCUCGACUGUAGCUCAAAGUCUGCGCUGCGAAAAUAUCAAGACUAAAGUGGCCGCUCUGGAAAUUCUCGGGGCAGUUUGUUUGGUCCCUGGAGGUCACAAGAAGGCUCUGGCGGCCAUGGCGCAUUACCAGGAAUAUGCGGGGGAAAGAACAAGAUUCCAAGGAAUGGUAAAUGACCUGGACAGGAGUUUCAGCUCAAUUUCCCAAUACAUGGACGAGGUCAAUCUGAAAACGGCCAUUAUGUCCUUUGUGAAUGCGGUUUUGAAUUACGGGCCUGGUCAGGAUAGUUUGGAGUUCAGGUUGCACCUGAGAUACGAGCUGUUGCUCUUGGGCAUUCAGCCUGCUAUGGACAGACUGAGGAGACUUGAAAAUGAGAAUCUUGAUAGGCAUUUAGAUUUCUUUGAGAUGGUUAGAAAUGAAGAUGAGAAAGAACUGGCACGCAAAUUUGAGCAAGAGCACAUUGACACAAAAAGCGCCACUGCUAUGUUUGACUUGCUCAGGAGAAAAUUAAGUCAUACCGCUGCAUAUCCACACCUUUUAUCUCUAUUACACCACUGUUUAAUAUUGCCACUGGACUAUGGAGGUGCUCCACAGCACUGGCUGCUUUUUGACCGUCUCAUUCAGCAGGUCACUGUUCAAAAUGAAACUGGAGGAGAUCCUGACGUGUCUCCUUUGAAUAUCAAUGUGAAGGAAAUUGUUCAAUUGCUUGCAACGGAGGAGGAAUUGCGGGCUGCUCGUGAUAAGGCUGAUGAUUUGGAAAAGGAAAAUACCGAAAUGGCCACAAAACUGGCCAAGAAGGAACAGGAACUGGACCAACUUUGUCAGGAAAAGGAGGAUCUGGAGUCAGGUUUGAGUAGAGUUAGGGAGCGUUUGGAGCGCGAAACCUCGAACCACGAGCUGACCAAACAGCGUCUGACAGAAGUGGAGACCCAAGUUUCCGAACUGGGCCAGCAGAUCAGUUCCGAGAGAGGAGAAAGGCACCGCCUCGAGCGUCUAGUCAACACAGGCAGUCUACCCGACGAUGCUAAAGUCAAUCUCACCUCUAUGCAAGCACCGGCGCCUCCUCCGCCCCCAGCUCCUGCACCGCCUCCAAUGAUGGCUGGUCCUCCGCCUCCACCGCCUCCUGGUCCACCAGGCUGCCCUCCUCCUCCCCCCAUGUCUGCAGUUCCUGGACCUCCGAAACCACCUGCGGAGGUGCUGAUCAAGAAGAAAAACGUCCCUCAGCCUUCGCAACCACUCAAGUCCUUCAACUGGGCCAAAUUGCCAGACACCAAACUAAACGGCACCGUUUGGGCCGAGCUGGACGACCCCUGCAAGUUGUACUCACACAUGGGUCUUGAAAGCAUUGACAAGUUGUUCUGCGCCUACCAAAAGAAUGGAGUCAACAAUGAUGGUUCAAAUGAGGAUCUGCGCCAAACUGGAAACAAAAAACAGACCAAAACUCUAUCUGUGAUUGAUGGCAGGAGGGCUCAAAAUUGCACAAUUCUGCUCUCAAAGUUGAAAAUGUCUGAUGAGGAAAUUACAAAGAGCAUAUUGAGCAUGGACCGCGGAGAACAGCUCCCUGUGGACAUGGUGGAGCAGCUGCUCAAAUUCACUCCUAGUGCUGAAGAAUGUGCCCUGUUGGAGGAACACAGUGACGAUGCCGAUAGUUUGGCAAGAGCCGACAGAUUCCUUUAUGAAAUCUCUAGGAUUCCUCAUUACGAGCAGAGAUUACGCAGUUUGCACUUCAAAAAGAAGUUUGGACCAUUAGUGAUGGAAGUCACAGCCAGAGUCAGAUCAGUGCUGGACGCUUCAAAAGAGGUCCAACGCAGUCGGCGCCUCAGAAAGUUGCUUGAACUUGUUCUUGCCUUGGGCAACUACAUGAAUAGAGGCGCAAGGGGCAAUGCUUCAGGCUUUAGACUGGGCAGUUUGAACCGACUUGCUGACACAAGGGCCUCUUUACCUGCCAGGCCGAGUACCACCCUACUGCACUACUUGGUUGAGGUCAUUGAAAUGAAGUUCAAAGAUAUCCUGAAGCUGGAAGAUGACCUACCCCAUAUUAAACAGGCCUCUAAAGUCAACAUGGGUGAGCUUGAAAAAGACAUGACUCAAUUGCGGAAGGGUCUGAGAGAAGUUUCUCAAGAGAUCGAGUUCCACCGGACCCAACCUGUCAUUCAGGGAGACAGAUUUUUGCCUGUCAUGAAGGAGUUUUUGUCCCACGCCACCACCAAAUUCUCAGAGUUGGAGGAUUUGUUCCAAGACAUGAAAACUAGGUUUGAGAGAGUUGUGCGUCUCUUUGGCGAGGAGCCAAACUCGACACAGCUCGACGAGUUUUUCAGCAACUUUGAACAGUUCCUUGCUGCUUUGUCUGACGCUAGAAUGGACAAUGAGAACAACAGGAGAAAGAGGGAAGAGGAUGAAAAGAGAGCCAAACAAGAAGCUGAGUUGAAAAAGAGGACCAUGGAGAGGAAGCAAAGCAGAGAAGGCAUUUUGAGCAGUGUCAAGUCCAAUGGUGUUUCCAAAAACAAAGAUUCGCCCACCAAAGGCAAAGGCGAGUUUGACGACUUGAUUUCCGCUCUUCGCACUGGUGACGUUUUCGGAGAAGAUGUGGCCAAGUUCAAGCGUAGCAGGAGGAGAAUGGCCAAUGGCACCAACGGCCACUCACCCCCGAGGAACAAUGAGGACGCAACUGGUCGAGAAAGGAUCAUCAACAACAGCAACAGACUCGUGCAGUAGUUGAGGGAAUUGAAGAAAGCGUACCACUCUGUAUUCCUUUUUGUAUAAAUGUGUAGAGCUAGUUAUAUGGUUGGAGAAAACGCGUCUCUCUUACAAAUCAUAUCUCUUUUUCUGUAAAAUUUAAACUGCAUAUUUCUCUGUGAAUUUCAUGUUAAGACGGAGGUUUGGACGGACCACAGUGUAUAUCCAUAUCAUGUUGAAAGGGCUUUAGGGAUUGAUACUCCUCAGCUGAAAAUUCAGAUCUGCACUAAAAGACGAAAUAAGUCCAAAAACACAUUCUAUUUCUUUCUGAUUUCUGCUGAUCUUUAAUAAUUGAAUCUAUUAAUUUAAUAACUAUUACACUUUUUAAAUUUUUUAAUGCAGAUAUAACUUUUCAACUCUUUCAAUGUGGUUCUGUAGUAGAUCAGAAAUGUAAAAAAAUUAUAAAAAUUCAUUGUUUGCAAAAUUUGGCUGAUUUGAAUAAAAAAUUGUGGCCAAGACUGAAGUGAUAUUAUAAAAUCUUAGAGCAAAGCAGCCAUUCUGUAUAGGUGCAAAGUGAUCCUCUUUGUGUAUGAUUCAAUAAUCAAACCAAUUUUGAAAUUUUGUUUGAUUGGCUUCUGAAGCAACCUAGCGUUACAUUUAUUGAUCAAUCUAAAAUUAGUACAUAAUGGUUCUAUCACCCUCCUCGCAUAGUCUUCGUGUUGUUCAGCUCCAUACUAUGAUUGCAUUUUUAUCAGAUACGUAGUUCAGUGUUAUAGCAGCGAAAGCUGAUUAUGAACGCAUUACAAUAUAUUGUGAGGUCCAUUUGAUGUGAAAUGUAAAGAACUAAACACUCUGUUAGCUGAGACCAGGAUGAACUGUCAGUUCAUGUAUUUUAUAGACACAAAAAGGAGACUUUGUUCAAUUUUAAUUAAAUUAAAUAAAUUAUUCCGAAUUAUUGCUUCUUAUAGUGCACUUUCCGGCAGGUACAAUUUAAUUGUAAAAUAACUCUCGUUUCGAAACCAUGAUAUAGGCGUAACUGGAAAACGGAGGUUUGCAACAAGAAAACUACUAAUAUAUUUAACUAAAAAACUAUGUAAAAUGUGGACGCGCGCCUCUGCAUGGUGUACAAUAUGCUUUUUGUAUUUUUGUACAUAGAUUAAUUAAUGUUUAGUUCUGUAUCAAUAAAAGUGAUGGAAAUCCUACAAAAUA